AUGUUAUCAUUUUUAUCGUCAGCCGGGCUGUUUUGCCUUGUGACUACGUUGUGGCUCGUGACAGUCGCAAUAUUGCGCGCCUUUUACAACCUCUUUUUCCAUCCACUUGCGAGAUACCCAGGCCCGCGACUGGCAGCCAUCACUCCACUGGUUCAUGUCUACCACUUCGUAAAUGGCGAUGCUGUCGGCUGGCUCGAUAAGCUCCACGCAGAAUACGGCGACGUUGUGCGCGUCGAGCCUGGCCGUCUGAGUUACAUCACGCCUCAGGCUUGGAAGGACAUAUAUGGACAUGCGACGGCCACCCGCAAAGCCAACUCGAAAGAGAGGAAAAACAGCAAGAAUCUCUUCUCUAACGGGAGUUACUCGAUUUCGUCAGCUCACGGUCCUGAGCACCAGCGCCUACGCAAAAUCUUCAGCAAUGCAUUCAGCGACCGAGCCAUCACGAAGCAGGAACCCAUGCUGGCGCUUUAUGCACAGCAAAUGGUCGAUCUAGUUUGUCGGAAGAUCUCUAGCGAGAAAAUCUCUCCUGGAACAACUGUUAUGGAUGCUGUCCAGCUCUUCAAUUUCGCCACGUUCGAUAUCAUGGCAGAUCUUGCAUUCGGCGAGGCACUUGGCUGCCUCGAGAACGGCGGAUCAAAUGCUUGGGUCGACGCUGUCCAGGUGAAUUUCAAGCGGAUGAUCGUCAAGGCAAGAUUGAGGCCUUACCCGGUAAUCUCAUACUUGUGGCAUCUAUUCCAGCCGGAACAAGAUAAGAAGGCUGCUGCUGUGCACGUUAAGAGCUCGCAUGAGCGUGUCACGAAGAGGUUGGCCAAGGGCGCUGAUGCCAGAAACGAUAUCUGGGGACUCGUUCUCAAGGCCGAGGGUCCGAACGCGUUGACUCGUACCGAAAUGAACAACAAUGCCAACAACUUCAUGAUUGUUGGCACCGAGACAUCAGCGACAGCGCUGAGCGCUCUCACAUAUCUUUUGCUGAAGUCUCCGGGAAAGCUUGAACGACUAGUUAGAGAAGUGAGAUCGGUCGGCGACUCGAACCAGCUGAAAGGCGAUGUUCUCAAAGACUUGCCAUAUCUUCAGGCGUGCCUCACCGAAUGCCUCAGAUUACACCCUCCUGUCCCGACGGGUGGUAUGCGUGUCGUUGGUGAAGAGGGUAACACCAUCCUCGGUCAUCUUCUCCCCGAAGACGUUAGUAUUACCUUCUUCAGUACCAUCUCAUGGCUCUUUUGA